AUGAAUUCCAAAUAUGUAAUUAAUAUAUAAUUUUAAAUCAUUAUUAAAAAUACUUAAAUAUAUUUUGAAAAUAAAUUUAACAUUGAUAUCUAUUAAUUGUAAACUCUUUAUAGUUAUUAGAAAAAGAAGCGAAAAUAGAAGGGAUAAGGUAAAAAUAUGAAUUAACAAAAAUAAGAGAAGAUAUAUAAAUAAAAAAGUAGAAUAAUCAAUAAAUUAAUAAAGAAUUCAUCAUUCCACAACCUAUUCAAAAUUAGAAUUUAAGUGAUAUCCCAAUAGAAGAAUAUAUUAAGUAAGAUUUUAGAUUGGGAUAUGACGUGGAUGGAGAUAAUUAUUUAUAAACUGGAUUAGAAAUAUGGCCUAAAUUUAAUAAAAAAUUUUUGAAAACUCAAUUCGCCUUUGAGGAGGACUUAAGUCUAAAUUCAACUAGAAGAUGGUGAGUCCUUUGGUAAGAGAAGCAGAAGAAUUUCAUUUAUAUUAUGUGUCAAUAAUUCUAGAUAGAGAAG